AUGGAUUCCGGUAACCUCUGGCUUGAAACCAGUAUGAAGAUUGCUGCUCCGUUUGUACCUACAGAUCCGGCGAGUUUUGCAAAGCGAAUCUGCUCCUGUUAUAACCUUUCGGUGAUGAUCCCCGGGAUAAUGCAGAACCUUCCUCCUCCGCCGGAGCCACCAGAUCCACCAGAUCGAGCUCCUCCCCCUCUACCACCAUUCCUAAAUCCUCCCCUGCGUCCGUUCUCUCCUCCUAUGCAUCCGCCGUCAACGAGGUUGCCAGUCCGGCAUCACGACCACGAAAUUGCGGAGCUCCAACUCGUUCUCAAUGGCCUCGAAGGGACUGUGGAGGGGAUGCGUCGUAAACGUUUUGGUCAAGACAAAACGUUCUUCUUUGCGGCAAUACCACUAUUGGUAGUGGUGGUGGUGGCAAUUCUCGUAAACUAUAUGAAUUAA